AAUAUCUGAGUUAUUCGAAUUAUUCAUUGGAUUAUCGGAGGGCUCCAUUUUGUUUCUGUAACGCAGGGCCAUAUAUACCUGGAACCAUGGCCGUAUAUCAGGGCCUCGGCUAACAUGUUAACUACUGGGGCAAAUGCCCCAGUAGAGUCAAGAAAUGCCCCAGUAGUGGUCAGGUUUUGCCCAACCUCCACAAAAUAAGAAUAUCUCAAUAUUAACGCCCGCGGUGAGCCAGCAGACCAGACCAUGGCGUCGAUGGAGGUGGACACUAUGGACGAAGACGCCGCCGCUCCGAGCACCUCCAAGGCUGACAAGAAGCGUUUCGAGGUGAAGAAGUGGAAUGCGGUAGCGCUCUGGGCGUGGGACAUAGUGGUGGACAACUGCGCCAUCUGCCGCAACCACAUCAUGGACCACUGCAUCGAGUGCCAGGCCAACCAGGCGUCGGCCACCAGCGAGGAAUGCACCGUGGCGUGGGGCGUGUGCAACCACGCGUUCCACUUCCACUGCAUCUCGCGCUGGCUGAAGACGCGCCAGGUGUGCCCGCUGGACAACAGGGAGUGGGAGUUCCAGAAGUAUGGCCACUAGCGGCGCCGCUGAACUCGGACGCUCGGACACGGGCCACACCUGCCGCGGUCGCCCGUGUGUGUCGCCUGCCGGCCUCUCGGCCCAGCCAGACUCUUGGAAAAAUCGCUCGUAUACCGCUGGUAAAAUUGACAGUGUGAUUGCUUUUAUUUCAUCCUGUGGAGUUACAUGCUGUAAAUGUAAUAAAUACUUUUCGUUUGUUUUA